CACGCGCACACACAUGGGUGAUGGAUGGGGCGCAGGGCCAUGGCAAUGGCAUGGCGCAACAAAAGGAUCCAACAAUUUGCCAUUCCAUUUGCCAGCCAUGUGGGGGAGCCGACGGAGGGUGGGCUGCCCCUACACCAGCACCAGCACAUCACAACCCUCAUCUAUCCCCUUCUUGUCUGCUGUUGCUCCUCUUCUUCUUGAUUGAUCACCAUCACCACUCCCCUCCGCCGCUUCUUGCACCGUUUGGUUUCUUGGGAUCUCGGUUUCUUGGUCCAAUCCUACCUUUGUAGCUGCAUUGCCAAAUCGAGGCACCGAUUUGGAGGAAGAUUGCUGCUGCAUUGAUGAAUGCCGGAGCUAUAGCACUCACUGAUUUGGGGAUUCGAUGUCACGGGCACCCGGAUGUCAUUGCCGAUCGCCGUCAUAGCUGGCAUUGCCGCCGGUGGCGCCAUCUUGCUCGUGGCGGUCGUGGUGGUCUCGCUCUGGUGCGCGGCGCGGUUCAGGGCGCGCCGUAACCGCAACUCCGACACCGGCUCGUCCGAUCCUUCAAUGCUCGUGGAGUGGGGCAAGGGGGGCCGGAUUUCAUCCGUGCCGCCGGAGGAUCAGGGCGUGAGGCAAUUCUCGUUGGAGGAGCUGGUGCAGGCCACCAAGAACUUCAGCGAGGCGAAUGUGGUCGGAGCGGGGAGCUUCGGGUUGGUGUACAUGGGGUUGCUUCUUGAUGGCACGGUUGUCGUGAUCAAGAGGCGUGUGGCUGCACCAAGGCAGGAAUUUGCUGAAGAGGCUAGGUGGCUUUCAGAGAUACGUCACCGAAACAUUGUAACUCUCAUUGGUUACUGUCAAGAAGGGGGUCUACAAAUGCUGGUGUAUGAGUACUUGUCCAAUGGCAGUGUCUGCGGCCAUCUGUAUGCAGAUACUGGGAAAGGCUCCAUGACACGACUUGAGUUCAAACAAAGGCUCUCAAUAUCCAUCGGAGCAGCUAAAGGUCUGAAUCAUCUGCACAGUUUUGUGCCUCCUUUGAUUCACAAAGACUUCAAGACGAACAAUGUUUUGGUAGAUGAAAAUUUCAUUGCAAAGGUGGCUGAUGCUGGACUUGUUAGGUUACUUAGAGGAUCUGAAGAUGUUGGCCCAUCACAUGGGUUUAGCAGCAGCGUCUACCAGGAUCCUGAGGUACACUCGGUGGAGCAGUUUUCUGAAAGCAGCGAUGUGUACAGCUUUGGAGUUUUCCUUUUGGAGCUAAUUACCGGCAAGGAAGCUGCUUGCUUGAUACCUCCAGAAUCCAGAGAACCUCUGGCCCACUGGAUGGAAGCACAUUUCAGUUCAGAUGAGCUGAUUGACCCAAGGUUAGGUGGAAGCUUCACUUCAGAAAGUAUGAAAGAGCUUAUUGGCCUCACCUUCCAGUGCCUGAACCCAUCAUCAAGAAGGCGGCCAAAGAUGAGGCUGGUCGUGACCGAACUAGACCAGAUUCUCGAGACGGAAAUGUCUAUGACAACGAUCAUGGGUGACGGAACUGCCAUCGUCACACUCGGGAGCCAAUUGUUUACUUCGUGAAGACGAAGAUAGAUUGCAUGUCUGCUAUUUGAUGACAUGAUUGCAUGCAGAGUCUAACAGCUGCUGUUUCUGAUAAGCUGUACAGGCUUUGCAUUGUUGUGAAAUGCCAUGUAUGGUUCUGUUUUAAACUUAUCAUGGUUGGUAUAGUUUGCUAGGAGAGGUGAGAAGAGAUAGAGCUGUAUGUAUCUCUCUUUUUCUUCUUUUAGUCGUUUGGAUGAAGAAUUGUAUGUAAUUUUCAGACUGUUUACUGUCCUUUGAUGUAUUUUCAGAUUGUUCACUGCCCUUUAAUGUUUCAAUCUCUUAAA